AUGGCUGUUUGGUAUCGGUUGUUAUUUUUACUUAUCAUCGUUUCGUCAGAGAAACGACGAUUUCAUUUAAUAUUCGAUGUAGUCGACAUUAAAUCUUGGGCACCUGAUCUCAUAGAUGAGAUCAACUCAACGCUGGUUCAAAUAAAUAAUCGCAGCAUUAUUAAUGCUUAUUUGAUAUUAAAAAGAAAUGUUGAUAAACUUGAUGUGAAUACAGUAUUGGACUUCUGGAACGUCAAUAAUGAAAGGCGAAGGCUGUACAAUCUAACAAUGGAUGCUUGUCGAUUUUUAACAAUGAUUCAUAAAAAUAAUCUAUUCGCUAUAUUCUCUAAGAGCUUUAAAAAACAUACGGAUGGAUCAUUAAAAUGCCCCUUGAGAGCUCAUCAUAAUUACACUCUUAAAAACUGGUAUUUGGACGAAGAGGAUUUUCCCAACUUUGCUCCUGAAGGAAGUUUUCUGACUAUGACAGAAUAUAUAAUGCAUAAGAAAAAGAUUUUGCGUAUAGUGACGCGUGGAAGAAUUGUGUACUAA